GUCCGGACUCCCGCGGCGCACGUUGCAACGGUCGGUACAUUUUCAGUCGGCAGCCGAUGCGCGCCGAUCGUCCCCGAACGACCGCGACGAGAACGAACCCUUGGAAAACCGAGAAACCCGUUAGUGUCCUCCGUCCGCGAAGACCUCGUCUCCGUCGAUUGUUUUUUUUUUCUCAUUUCGUCACCGGCUGUUCGAUUAUGGGGCUAGAUGGGUGCUGACGGACAUUUCCGAGUGACCUUGUCCCUGAGAAGGGAACCGGAUGCGGGUCCAGUUUACUGCAAGAUGGAAACCUCCGCCAGAUUCCGGCAACUGAAGACCGUCAAGCUGAGCUGCGAGGCGACCUACCGGCUCGACAUCAGCUUCAAACCGCCGCAGAUCUUAGAAUUCCUCAGCAUCGGCGGGAAGCCAGUGGAGACGAUCGAGCGUGCUCGCGACGGCACAGCGUGCGCGUACAGCUCGUACCACAGCACUAAAGGAAUACCAGCGAGCGCGAGAGGCCACCGGGAGGAAUUGUCGAUCACGAUGAGAGUGCUGGGCUCCGGCUACUUGUCGACCUGCCUGCAGAUCAAGUAUUACCGGCAGGACGACCAGAGCCAUUGCGAAUGGGGCGCGAUGUUGCACUGCAUCGAGCUGGACUGCUCAAGCGUGGAGGGCAGAUUGGUGACGGUCGACCGGGAGACGUACAGGAAGCUCGGCAUAGAGUCCUAGCAGUCGGUCGGCGUCAAUGUGAUCAAGGCGAUCACAUAAGCGGGGCCGGCCGGAACGUUUUGUGUUAACUUCUAAGAGCAACGUUGUUUUUUCGUAACUCUCGAUUGGCUGACGUGGAAUGCUUGCCGACCAAUCGGAAGUUGGAUCGGACGCGAGCUCUCCCAUGGUUAGGGGGAUCGAUACCGCUCGGUCGAUCGUUUUGUAAAGGGCCGGCGAAUAGCUCGGAGGCAACGGCCGGGUCUCGCGCGACCCGAUUCCACGUGCUCGAUUUCCAGAAAGCCAGCCUGUUUCUUUCUUUCUCGUUUCGACGCAGCCGCAUCUUACCGGCGGAUACAAAUUAUCCCAGAAUCUUUUUCUAAGAGAACAGAGAGACUCCUCGGCCGAUUCGCGACAACUUUUCCCUUUGCAAAAAUUCUCUGCGUGGCUUCGUUCGCGAGUUAUCGGCGAGUAAACGCGGACCAAUCGGAGAGCGCGAACGGCGGACGCCCCACCCACGCGAACGCAGCGCCACCUACCUGCCCGCUGUACUCGCGCGUCGAUUGGCCCGCGCCGGCAACUCCCCGACGAAGCGGCGGCCGACACUUUUGCUAGGAUAACUUCGCUCGGCAAUUUUUCUCGACAGAUUUCCCGAGGCACUGUUUCCAGCGAAAAUUCCGACGGACUGAAUCAAGAUUUCUCAACUCUGGGUCCAAUUGGACCCAAAACGCACGAAGUCCGGCUCGAAGCUAAUAUCAAUAUCUAGUGUUUUUAAUGAAAUUAACAACUAUUCUUGCACUGUUUCCGUAUCGAUACUCGGUGUAUUAACCUUAAAAUAUAAUUAACAUUAAAAUAUGAAAAACUGUGAAUUAACAUUGAUACGUAAUUAACAUAUUAUAGUCGCUGAUAAAACAGGAUGGCUUUGAGGAAAUCCGUCGGCGGCGUGUUCGGCGACAAGAAAGAUUCGGACGAGGGUGGGGAGAUCGACAUUAUGCGACAUCGAACGGUGGACCCGUUUUCUCAACGAAAUGCAACCUCACGCUCCUAUUUUUCUAUCUCGGUGAAUACAUUUGUACAUACGCUACAUGUACACGUACGAGAAUUGUGAAUAUAUAUACAUAUAUAUAUAUAUAAAAUGCUAUCACUGUUGAUCGGUAGAGAAUUUAUUGGAACGAGCGUUUCUCGACCAUCGGAACGAGCAACGUUCUGCAAACCGCGAUACUAACAAGUAUCGCCAUUCGGUGCUUAAUUUUGUCAGAGCGAGGUAGCGACAACGUUUACGAAUUCUUUCCCCGACGAAACGUAGAUCGACGAAGCCUAAAUAGAACAUAAAACCGUGCAACUAAUUGCGAACUAAAUGUGAAACUAAAUUAAUCAUUUUCAAAUGGAGAUUUAAAAUUCUUGACGAUCAAUUCGCUUUGUUUUAUUUAAUUUCAGCGAAGAAAAGCGAUGAGAGAAAGCUCGGAAAAGUUUAAAAAAAAAGAAAAGAAAUCGAUACCGCAUCGCACGUAAAAUGUAUUAGAUGUUAAUUAACGAAAGUUAUACCUCGAUCAACGAGAACUGGUAAAAAAAAGUAAACGGCUGGGCGACGCGUGAUCGAGCCAGGGCCGUAUCACAGUUUCCGGGUCACUCUAUAGUCCGUGCGCGACAAGAAGCGCGCCGCUGUGUCCACAUUCCCCCUCCAACUGGCUGCCCCACCGCUGUCGCUCGCUCGCGGCGGCGGGGCGGCUAGUAGGAAGGGGGAGCGCGAAGGCGUCUCCUUGUCGCGCGAGGACUAUAGACGACUAUUCUGCAUACAACGGCCUUCGAUUAGGCUCCCUUAAAAUUAGGGUCCUCUUAAAAAAAGCAUCGACCACGUUAGCGUCCUGUUUACAUAGCCGCGCCAUAGUUCACGUUGAACGCAGUAUAAAAUCUAUGCACGCAUACACCUAUAAAAUCGAUAUCGAUGAAGAGAACGCUUUUAAGAACGAAUUACAUUGUUAUCCGAUACGCUACGUUAGAAGUUUACAAGAGUUUAGUCGAGUCGAAAGCGAUCCGUUUCUCGGCGACAGCAUCUCCUUUCCUCUCCACGAUUGUACCUCGCGAUAACGGAUCUUCUUCUUGUUUUCUUUUUUCGUACAAUUUAAUGCACUUCGACUAGUCGUACGAGGCACACAGAGCUACUUUACCGCAUAAUUAUCGUCGUUACGCUUGCACUUAAAAUUUUAAUUGUAAUUGUAAUUGUAAAAAUGAAAAGAAUACUGCGUCGAUGCGAUUCGCUUCUGUUAAGAGAGACGAUCGCUUCUCGUAGCUGUAAGCGUUAUUUACACUGGACUUUGUUCGCUGAGCCAACAAGCACAGGCUUCGAAUUCGUUUAUUCGUGAAAAUACGCGACAACUGUUUUCGAUUUUCUCUCGUGAAUAAUACUACUACUACUACUACUAUUAAUAAUAAUAUCGCUGGUGACAAGAGCACCGAGAUAAUUUUAAUAGGCCACAAAUAGGCUGCGGAUUUUAUGCGUUUUCGACGAAACUGAUUUGAAAAAGAUUGGCACAGUUUUUCGACUAUAUUUUAACUAUAUUCUAUAACGCGACUUGUUUGAAACAAUUAAACGAAACAUUUUUAUCCGAUUUAUGUACUCGUUACCGUACAAUCGAUUUGGAUAAUUUUUCUUUCGCUGAAAAAUCCGCGGUCCGAUUAUAUCAACGAACCAAGAACUUUCCAAUGCAUAUCGUGCUUAAUAGAAUCCCGGCAGUCUUUGAUCAACGACCAUCGCAAUCAGCAGAACCGACCAAACAGUGCCUCUACGCUUUCUACAAUUGUAAAACACACACAUACACAGAGAAAUCGUUCCUGUACUUUGAUUCUGUAACCGAUUGUUUUGGUUUACAAUACAUGUACAUUUUGUCUGAA